CUUCGUUUAAGAAUUCCUGUUAGAAGAUUCCUUCCAUUAGAAGCUAUUCGAUUUAUUCCAGCUUUUGCAGGAAACAUUCAGCUUAAAGUAAAGUUCAGUAGCGACGCCUUACAAUGCACAUCUAUAUCUGUAAAUGAUAUCAUUGCUUUCAAUCCAACUCUUAAAGUUGCAUUUGCUUCAGAUUCAAAUCCACCGACAAAUAAAUUUGUUCCAUGGAAUGAACCAUUCACUAUGAUAACGAAGGCAGUAGAAGCUAGUGGAACAGUUACUAUUACAACUGUAACCCAGCAACUAUUUCGAACAAAGAUGGAUUUUAAUGAAUGUUUCAUUCAUCCAAAGUCAUUCUCUUUAGACCCUAACAUUUAUACAGAACUUGUAGAACAUUAUACAAACGAGGCUUUAUGUUUUCCUGUUAAAGUUAUGGAUUGGAUUCCUAUGGACGGUUCAUUCUCAAAGAAUACAGAUAGUUCAAGUGCAACAUUUACAGCAGCUUAUACGCCUAUUAAUGUUAAAAGUAUUUGGGCACUAUUUAGAAAGAAAGACAACUAUUAUGUUAAUUUUGAGAACCCUAAGUUUAAAUAUCUUCAGCUUUCCAUGGGAGCUUAUGGAAAUAUGCCUGCAGAACCUGAAAAAUCAUAUGGACCUGUAUUUUAUGAAAUGGUUGCGAACGCUUGCAAUACAAACAAUGAUAUGAUAGGAUUUAAUGAAGAUGUUAUGAGGUCAUUGGUGGCUGAUGGUAGUGUGGAACAUAAAUGGGAUAGCUAUGACAACACACAUUUCUUAUGUGGUUUUCCAACAGAAGUGGACUUUUGCUUCCAGCAAGGUCAAACAUCUACUGCUCCAAUAACAUACAAAUUGUCUGUUAAAGGACCUAUUGAACUAGCAACUGAAAAUGUACCAAAGCCACUUAUUGGAUUUAUGAGGGAUUGUUGCUUUGCCAUUCAGGUGCGUGCUAAUGGAAUCCCAAUAAUAAGAUUAGAUGACUAUAACUUAGCUACGGACGACAGUGAGGAAUAA